UUGCUAGUGACUCUGAACGAUGGUCCCUCUAUGUUCCAGAUAUGCAAGAACCUGUAAAUCCGUGGUUUAUACCAGAUGAUGAAGGAGAAAAUGGUAUUACACAGAUUGUUGAUACUCAUAAUCAAAUGUAUCUUGAAGGGCCAGCACCUGAUAUAUCAGUUGUAACAUUAAAUUAUGUUCUGAAUAUAUAUUCAGUGGACUGUGUUGGAGAUAUAAAACCAAGAAAGAACGUUACACUAUUCCUUACUGAUUGUCAUGAGGUGAUGUUUAUUCGAAUUUAUAAAACAGAUAACACAACCACUGGUCUUUCAUAUAUGGUUGAUUAUACCAAUUGCUUGCACUUAAAACAACCUAAUGGUGAAGUCAAGGAAUACCCAAAUCAAUUGGUCAAAAUCAUAAGGGAGACUCACAUAUUGCAAAACGAAAUCAAAAUUAUGAAUAUUUUGAAAGGAACACCUAACAUCAUACAGCUUGAGAAACACUCAACUACUUGUCUUUUGCUUUAUCCACGAUGUUUUAAAAGUAUUCAUGAAAAAGGUGUUCUUCAUCGGGAUUGCCAUCCAUCAAACAUACUUUACUACAUUGAUGAGUCUAAUGAAUUGAAGUUUAUCUUAUCUGAUUUUGGUUACAGCAUAUUGUCUAAUGAUCAACCUGCUAUUUAUAAAGAAUUUCGUCCACAAGAUGACUUACACAUUUUAAUUCAUAAUAUUUAUUUAUUGAUGAACAAAACAAAACAUGAUACAGUUAAUCUUUAUAAUCUAAUUGAUAUCAAAACUUUUUGGGCUUCCAAAAUUUCAAAUGAACCCUGGGAUAAUAUUUUAAAACUUGCUGAAGAAUGUCAUAAAAAUACAAAUAAUGGUACCAUUGUUUUUAAUGUCUGGAUAUAA